GUAGGAUAGUCUCGGAACUGUCGUUCUCCUGGCUCUCUCGAUUGGCUCAACCCUUAAUGGGAAAAUGCCGGAUAAUGAGUGGUAACUGGUCAAGUCAAUCUGAACCAUAGAGUCACGCCUCCGGAUGUGGUCGGUCUGGUUUAAUGUUUAUCCGUAGCCUAGCAACGCCGUCACGCUGGAGACCUAGGAAGGAGUGGUUGAAGGAGAGGGAAGCCCCAAAGCUGCGAGGGCCGGCAUUCAAAAUGUGAGCCUAGGAAAAGAAAAUGAGAAUGCAAGAGUUCCCAGUGUCAGAGUGAAGAAUCUGCAGAACCCACAAAGCUUUCGAGUAAAGGCUGAGACUUUUGUGCACUCCAAGAGUAGCUCUAGGACAAAUCAGCAGCAUCCACCAUGGCGAUGGACGUGCUUGUGGCUCCACUUUACCAGGGCUCUGAGAUAGCCUCUGGUAACAGGCCCAGGAUGUCCAUGGGCCUGGGUGCAAGAAAGGCCUUGCUCUCAUGUGGAAACACCAGCCAACUGGACCCAGCUCGGACCAAACUCACCACCAUCGAGACCAAGAGGAUCAUUGCUGUCCUGGAUGAAACCAUUCACAAGGUCGAGCUGAUCACGCUGCUGUCGGCAGCUGCAUACAGCCAGGAAAGUCUGGAGGGCCUGUGGGAUGAGGACACCAUAAGAGCCGUCCGAGAGCAUGAGGACCUGUGCAAUGGCCUCCUGGAGGAGGUGAACCUGAUCAGAGAAGAAGAGGAAGAGGUUGAAGAGAUGGGAGAAGAUGAGCUUCAGUUCCAACUGCAAGAGCACAAACAAAGGGUCGAGCUCCUCAAAGAAGAGGUGAAGAACUCUGCCCGAAACACCCUGAGGAUCUUCCUGAUCAACAUCCCAGCCGGGGACGUCUUUCGGACUCAAAUUGUGGGGAGAAGUGAGGAGGCUGAAAUUUUUCUACAAAGCCUGUUUGAUUUCAGAAACUUUGUGUUCGAGAAGCUCCUCACCAGCCCCAUGGAGGAGAAGGAGAAGGUCGAAUUCAUGAAUGAGAUCAUUCUCAGGGACAAAAAGAAUGCCGAGAUGAUCCGUGAUCUCGAGACACAGCUGGCUGGCACCAUCAAAUCCAGGGAUACCCAGCUAGAGAAGGAGAAUUUUGUGAUCCGGGAACUUAAAAGCCACUUGCACCAGGUGCUCAAGUUCUCUGAAAGUCACCUCAUACGCACUAAGCAAGAGGCCAAGAAGCAGCAGAAGGCCGAGCUGAGGGCGUCUCAGAUCCGCAUCACGAAGAUCCAGCAAGAUAUCCUCAUGCUCAAGACCCAGUACCACAACCUCACCAUGGAAAACCGAGAGAGUGAACAGGGGCUCAGAAAGAAGAAAUAUAAACUAGAGACAGAAAUAGAGAACUGGAUCCAAAAAUAUGAUGGUGAGAUGGGAGAAAAGCAGGCUGAAUAUGAAGAGCUGGACGAAAUCUAUACAGAGGAGAAGGCCCAGUUGGCAGAGCUGAGGGAAAAGCACAAGGUCUUGGUCGAGGAGUUUGUCCAGAUCAGGGACGAGAGACUCAUCAGCUCCAAGAAGAAGCUAGAGGCGGAACAGGAGAUGACCCUCAUGGUGCGGGCUGCCACCCUCAUCCAGGCCUUCUGGAAGGGCUAUUUGGUCAGGUCAUUACUGAAGUCAAAGCGGAAGAAGAAAGGCAAGGGCAAAGGCAAAGGCAAAGGCAAAAAAUAAGCCACUGCUCCUGCCCAGGGGCUCCUCAGAGGUGGGAACUGCUCUCCCUGUCUCCAGCACUCCUGGCCCUUUUUCCUCUGCCCCUUCUCUGUCCAUGGCCUCAAGAGCCCUGUGGAUUUUACUGGAUUGACCCAGGUGAGGCCUAAUCACACGAGGCUUCUUCCUGCCUGGGAGCAGGCUUUGGGUAGGUGUGCACACAUGCCUCCAAAUGGUGAGAGGAGUGCACAGGCUGCUGUGGGCAUGUCAGAUCACUCAUGCUCUCUGCCAAUCACUGACACAAACUUCUCUGAUCGUGCCGAGCCUGCAGACACAGAACAUGGCAGUCAUCUUCAGGCCUUCCCUCUUUCUGUACUCAAGCCAAUAAAGUCAAGUCCAUUCCUUUA